UGGGCCAAGAAAAAUGUUUGUUUUUUGCCUGGGUCGCUGGGUGAUUUCUAGUUUUUCCAAAUUCAGAAUGCACCGGCUGAUUGGACCGUUCACUUGUCCGUCCCUCUACACAGUUCUCAGCAACUCUGUUUAUUUAUUAAAAUUCAAACAAAAUCAUGGCCACAAUGGAUGAUCAUUUCAAUAGGGUAAUGAGGAAAAAUCCCACCAUUCAAGACGACCUACGUGGCAUUUUCAAGAGCUCCUCAUGCGACUCUCCCCAGCGGUCAAUCACGCUCUCGCAGAUACGUGCUGCUUACAGCGAGAGAACCGGCAAGGAGUUCCCCAUCAAGGGUGGCACGCGCACCCAAAUGUGUUUCAUUCUGACGGUGCCAUAUGUCUGCUGUUUCACCAGUCGAAUCGGUACUCUUCGAUUUUAUACAAUUGACAUAAACCAGGAGAGAUAGAAGAUGUGUACAGGGUAUGAGUGUGUACGCGUACAGGAAAGCAUCUAGUCAUUGGAGUGCAAUAGCAGUAAGGAAAUGAUAGGAUACAAAAAUAUAUAUAUUUUUAUAUAAAG